AUAAUUUCCCGCCCAAAUCCAGCUCGGUUUUCCUCGUCUCUCGCUGCCAUGGCCGAACCUUCCCCUCCCGUCAAAUCAAUGGCGGCCUUCCUCCUUCGUCGCCACUCCGACCAGCUCCGCUCCAUCUCUCUCUCCCCAGACCCCAAACUUCAUUACCCUCUCUACGUCGAUUUUGCGGAGCUAAUGGAGGACGACCCGCAGCUCGCGCAAUCGGUCUUCUCCCAACCGACCCAGCACUUGCGUUCUUUUGACGAUGCGGCUUUUUGGGCUCAUAAAAUUGUAUUGGGAGAUUUGAAAGGUUGCAAUAGCGGGAUCGAAAAGAAGUUCAUUCAUGUUCGUAUAAAUGUUAGCGGUUCCCCGCUCGAGUGUCCUGAGACUUUUCCGAGGAUAGGAAAUCUCCGAGUGAAGCAUCGUGGGAUUCUUCUCACUCUCAAAGGGACGGUGAUCCGGUCUGGAGCAAUCAAAAUGUAUGAAGGGGAGAGAUGGUACACGUGCCAGAAAUGCAAGCACAAGUUUCUAGUUUAUCCUGAACUUGAGGCUAGAAACUCAGUAUCACUACCAUCAUUUUGCCCUUCUCAGGGGCAGAGGUCUAAACCCUGUGAAGGCACGAAGUUCAAGGAAUUAGAAGAUUCUAUAAUAUGCCACGAUUAUCAGGAAAUCAAAAUUCAAGAAAACACCCAGGUGUUGGGUGUUGGAGCCAUUCCACGUUCAGUUCCUAUCAUAUUGAAGGACGAUCUUGUUGAUCUUGUUAAAGCUGGAGAUGAUGCGGUUGUUACUGGGGUCUUAACGGCAAAGUGGUCUCCAGACUUAAAAGACGUACGCUGCGACCUUGAUCCUGUCCUAAUUGCUAAUAAUGUGAGGAGAACCAAUGAGUUGAAGUCAGACAUUGAUAUACCUGAUGAUGUUAUAAUGAAAUUCAAGCAGUUCUGGUCAGAUUUCAAAGACACCCCAUUAAAAGGUAGAAAUGCCAUACUCCAAGGUAUCUGCCCACAGAUUUUUGGACUCUUUACUGUGAAGCUUGCAGUUGCAUUAACACUUAUUGGAGGUGUGCAACAUGUUGAUGCUUCUGGGACAAAGGUCCGAGGAGAGUCUCAUUUGCUUCUGGUUGGUGAUCCAGGUACUGGGAAGUCUCAGUUCUUAAAAUUUGCUGCAAAAUUGAGCAACCGAUCUGUUAUCACUACUGGUUUAGGAAGUACUAGUGCUGGAUUGACUGUCACUGCCGUCAAAGAUGGAGGAGAGUGGAUGUUGGAAGCUGGGGCACUUGUUCUUGCAGAUGGUGGGAUUUGUUGUAUAGAUGAAUUUGAUAGUAUGAGAGAACAUGACAGGUCAACCAUACAUGAGGCCAUGGAGCAGCAGACCAUAAGUGUUGCCAAGGCUGGUCUUGUGACGACUCUCAGCACUAGGACAAUUGUAUUUGGUGCAACAAAUCCCAAGGGACAGUACGAUCCUGAUCAAUCUCUGUCUGUCAAUACGACACUCUCUGGUCCCUUGCUGAGCAGAUUUGAUAUCGUACUUGUCCUCUUGGAUACAAAGAAUCCUGAAUGGGAUGCAGUUGUUUCGUCACACAUUCUUGCUGAGGGUGAAUCAGACAAAGGCAGACGUGACGAAGAUUUAGCAAGUAUCUGGCCACUUUCUAUGCUUCAGAGAUAUAUUCACUUUGUAAAAGGAUACUUCAGACCAGUCUUAACAAAGGAGGCAGAAAAAGUUAUUUCAAGCUAUUAUCAACUCCAAAGAAAAUCCGCAACUCAUAAUGCAGCUAGGACUACUGUGCGCAUGCUGGAGAGUUUGAUACGCCUAGCUCAAGCACAUGCAAGACUGAUGUUCCGAAAUGAGGUGACACGAUUAGAUGCGAUUACAGCAAUUUUAUGCAUUGAAGCAUCCAUGACUACCUCAGCUAUCGUGGAUAGUGUUGGAAAUGCUCUGCACUCAAAUUUUGCUGAAAACCCUGAUCAGGAAUAUACCAUGCAAGAAGGGCUGAUUCUUGAAAAGCUGAGAUCGAUAGACGAUUUUCCUGACAUAAAUAACAGGGGAGGUUCUUGCAGGUGAAAGACUCAAGGAAAGCAAGGCAUCCAUCCUGACCAAGUGGUUGUAGCCCAUCACCUCUGGACAUGGCUGUAUUUUUACCUUGUAAAUUCACCUUUCUUUACAACGGCCAAGUGUAGAGCAGAAGAUACUGCCUUACCACAGCCAGAGUUGUUGCUUGCACCUGUUAGACGUUCUACGAAUCGGAUCAUUCAUGUGGGUAGUAUUUGUGUCGACAUUUACUACUGUAGUGUGCAUGGUAGGAAUCCUCAGAUAUAUCAAAUACGGAUGUAUGUUGCACCAUUUUGGUCCCUCGAGCAUUUUGUAGCUCA